GCACGCUGCCGUUCCAACCAUAGAUUUAAGGAGGGAGGAAGUUUGUGAGUGAUCGAUUUUACACCGGCCCCAAACUUCUCAACGGCAUUUCUCUUUGUUUGCCAUUACGCGCGUGGACAAUUUUGAAACAAAAGUAUCGAGUCAGUGCCGCAUUACUAAAAUGGCGAACACGUUUCGCGGAGUGACGGUGUCCGCCGUCAACAAUGACGGGGCUCUAACGCCGCGGUUCAAUUUCCCUACAAACGUAAACGUGGAUUACGAUCCUCAAGGGCUAAGUGUAAAAGUGAUACGUGCCGACCCUGUUUUAGCACAAGAGUUGUUGGAAUUUCCCGUCCACAAUCUGAGUGAGUGUUCAAGGGUAGCGGCCCAGUCGUACAUCUUCACGAUUGACAAUGAAACCUUGUUUUUUAAAUUCGCAUCGGACGCUGACUGUCAGAAUUUCCAUCUGCUGGUCACGAAAAUUAAGGCGGGUCGGUCGUCGAGUGUGUUUACGGUGCGCACAGAGGACUCGUCGGCGAUGCAGUACUUCCAAUUCUACGGGUACCUAAGCCAGCAGCAGAAUAUGAUGCAGGACUAUGUUAGGACAAGUACGUACCAGCGUGCUAUUUUAUCGAACCUUAACGAUUUCAAAAAUAAGGUUGUGUUGGACGUUGGCGCGGGUUCUGGUAUAUUGUCAUUCUUCGCUGCACAAGCUGGUGCACGGAAAGUGUACGCGGUUGAAGCCAGUAACAUGGCGCAUCAUGCUCAAGCAUUAGUGCGCGCGAAUGGACUUCAUGAUCGUAUAACCGUAGUCGCGGGGAAAAUUGAAGAGAUAGAACUACCUGAAAGUGUAGAUGUAAUAAUAUCAGAACCAAUGGGCUACAUGUUGUACAACGAGCGGAUGUUGGAGACAUAUUUACAUGCGAAAAAAUGGCUUAAACGUAAUGGUAAUAUGUACCCAACCCGUGGUGAUCUACACAUCGCUCCAUUCACUGAUGAUGCACUCUUUAUGGAACAGUACAAUAAGGCAAACUUUUGGUAUCAAACAUGUUUCCAUGGUGUAGAUUUAAGUGCAUUGCGUACAGCUGCCAUGAAAGAAUAUUUUAGACAGCCAAUAGUUGAUACAUUUGAUGUCCGCAUUUGUAUGUCUAGGUCGGUGCGGCAUGUUGUUGAUUUCCUCAAUGCCAAUGAAACUGAUCUCCAUCGUAUCGAAGUGCCAUUUAGAUUUCAGCUGACACAGUCUGGGACUUGUCAUGGGCUUGCGUUCUGGUUCGAUGUGCUAUUUGCAGGCAACACACAACAUAUCUGGUUAUCCACAGCGCCUACGGAACCUUUAACACAUUGGUACCAAGUCAGAUGUUUACUGGAGACACCAAUAUUUGCCAAACAAGGCCAGGUGUUGUCCGGCAGAGUGCUUUUGUUAGCAAACAAGAGGCAGAGUUACGAUGUUACCAUGGAGAUUAAUCUAGAAGGAACAAAUAUUUCAUCUUCUAAUACAUUAGAUUUGAAAAACCCAUACUUCAGGUACACGGGGGCACCGGCUGCCCCUCCUCCGGGAGUGAAUACGACCUCUCCGGGUGAGGCAUACUGGAACACAAUUGAUGCAACGGGAGGCUUGACUAAUGGACAAGUAAUUCUCACUGAUGGUAAUCAACAGUACUGCACAACGCCAGAUAAGUCAAUGGCGUAUGGGGCUCACCCCAGUAUGAUUAAGACGGUGAUGUUGCAAGAAGAGUUCAUCAAGAGGAUCGGUAUUAGUCAAAAUGGCGACAUUUAAUCCGCAAAGACGCGCCGUGCGCGCCUAAGGGCUCUUAGAAACCGUCAAAACCGGUUGUGAACUAUCUUCCGUUCGAACAUUGUAGUGUUUAAGCAGACUUAUUUAUUUACAAGGAAAGCAUCACAGUUUUUUUUUGUUUAACGGGGGACAUUGACAAUGUGAACGCAUUGGUAAUCGUUCUACAUAAUCAUGUAUUAAUAUGGUUGUUGCACUCUGGCAAUUGACGACCAACCCUUCUCGUAUGUUUUAUUGAGAUAUUUGUACGACGCUUAUUAGUGUAAUUUGAAAUGGACAUUGCUUUAAACCAACUUUUUUAUGUAAAUAACCCCCAUUUGUAUUUGACUUAUAAAACUCUCCGGAAGGGUUGGUCUUUCAGAGGCAGCUGUGGCGCUGUCAUUGUACAAAUCUACAAUUAUUCGUAAAUAGAAACUGUCUGUAUUUUUUAAGGCCAUGACAAUUGAGAAUUUUCUAUAAACCGGUCAGAGUUCCUCCUACGGUUAGAUUUGUUCAGUGACAGUUGUAUUUUAAUAUUUAAGGUAGUAAUUGCAAGUACACCUAGAGUUAAGAAGAAAGUGCUGAAUUUGACUAUGCUAGUGUCAAUACUCAUUUAUCAUUAAUGGCCCAAGAAAUUUUUAAAAUAAGUGAUUCUUGAUGUAUUUUAUAAUUUCUAAUUCUUUUAGAAAAUCCUGUCUGCCAAUCAUUAUAUAGAUUAUGUGUUUAUAACCAAAAUAACAAUGUAGUUUUCUUUAUUUAACCAACAUGUUGUUCAUUUUACCAUUUCUUAUAAAUUUCAAUACUGAUUUGUUUCUGGUAACACCAUCAGACAAAUCUAUUUCCAGACAAUAUCAAAAUAAUAGAAAAAAGCAUACACCUUAAGUCUAGAUAAACUCAACAAGUUAGAAAAUAAUAUAUUUCAAUGCAUAAGCUAUUCCUCCGUUAUUGCAUGGUUGAUGUUGAUCAUGCAUCCCAUAGAAACAAUACCUACUCCAUUUUACCAAAACUACAAACAUUUUAAGUUAUUUUUUCAACAGAUUAUUUAGAAAACUACUUUUUACUGCAACUGUAAAUUUAAGUUGGUCAAAACUUCACUUCUGUAUACUUCAAAAUACAAUAUAUUUAAAAAAAAAACAACUGAAACCUAGUGUUGUGUCAAAGUUUCAGUUUUAAUUACUUUAAAUGCUGGAUUACAACUUGAAUUAACAUAUUUACUAUCUUAACUGAAAUUGUGUGUUUUGUAAUUACACUGCCCACCCCAAAUGAAUCAAAGGGCUUGCUCUGAAUAUAAUAUACAAUACAAUUAGAUUUCCAACACAGUGUCUUAAAAUUCACUGCCAAUCAUUGCCAUAUGUUAUGAUUUCUUGUUUUUUCAAACAAGCUGGCGUUAUUUCAAAAGUCGGCAGAUUUAUGUUUAUAAAAAGUGCAGAUUUGUUUUAAAAACUUGGCAACUUUCACUAUACAUGAUAUUUUUAAUGUAUG